UCCCGGAGACCCAUGCUGCUGGACUGGAGGCGAACCGCACAACAGUGGGGUUCCUCCUGGCAGCGCGCGCGCACGCAAACAGUCAAGACCGACGACUUACCCAUAGGCGCGCGGCGCGCGGCGGGCGGGCGGCGGUGACCACGCACACGCACGCAUGGCGGAGCAGCUCCUCUCGACGGCCGUGCACGACACCCUGCCGGGGAGCUACGUCCGGCCGGAGUCGCAGCGCCCUCGGCUCGCCGAGGUCGUCACCGGCGCGCGCAUCCCCGUCGUCGACCUAGGGAGCCCCGACCGCGCGGCGGUUGUCGCCGCCAUCGGCGACGCCUGCCGCUCCCACGGCUUCUUCCAGGUCCUCAACCACGGGGUACAUGCCGACUUGGUCGCGGCGGUGAUGGCCGUGGGGCGCGCCUUCUUCCGGCUGUCGCCCGAGGAGAAGGCCAAGCUCUACUCCGACGACCCCGCCAGGAAGAUACGGCUGUCCACGAGCUUCAACGUGCGCAAGGAGACGGUGCACAACUGGCGCGACUACCUCCGGCUGCACUGCCAUCCCCUCGACGAGUUCGUGCCCGACUGGCCGUCCAACCCGCCCGAUUUCAAGGACACCAUGAGCACGUACUGCAAGGAAGUCCGGGAGCUCGGGUUCAGGCUGUACGCUGCCAUCUCGGAGAGCCUGGGUCUAGAGGCGAGCUACAUGAAGGAGACGCUGGGGGAGCAGGAGCAGCACAUGGCGGUCAACUUCUACCCGCCGUGCCCGGAGCCGGAGCUCACCUACGGCCUCCCGGCGCACACCGAUCCCAACGCGCUCACCAUCCUGCUCAUGGACCAGGACGUCGCCGGCCUGCAGGUGCUCCACGGCGGCAAGUGGGUCGCCGUCAACCCGCAGCCCGGCGCGCUCAUCAUCAACAUCGGCGACCAGCUGCAGGCGCUGAGCAACGGGCAGUACCGGAGUGUGUGGCACCGGGCGGUGGUGAACUCGGAUCGGGAGCGGAUGUCCGUGGCGUCGUUCCUGUGCCCGUGCAACCACGUCGUGCUCGGCCCCGCGAAGAAGCUCGUCACGGAGGACACCCCGGCCGUGUACAGGAGCUACACGUACGACGAGUACUACAAGAAGUUCUGGAGCAGGAACCUGGACCAAGAGCACUGCCUGGAGCUGUUCAGAACCUAGCUAGCAGGCGCUGCGGCGGCCGGGCAAAUGGAUUCGCCCUGGUCCUGUGUUUCACUGUGUUUCUCCGUGAGAUUAGAAGAAGACGUUUUACAACGUUUGUCCGUUGAAGAUGAAAUUUCAAGACUCUAGUCAUUGCAAUUCUUCCACUCUAUAUACAUAAUUAAAUGUUUUUUCUCAAAGAGAAGGAAGCAGGUGUAUUAUGUUAUUAGAUUUUUUUUAGGAAUAAAAUAAGGAGGGGUUGUCCCUACUGGUUAUAUAUAUUAUAAAUAUCACUCCUCCUAUUUCUUAGAUGUCUGAAUUUUAAGAUGAUUUCAAGCAACACUUUUGUACCACCAACUAGUACAAGUAAAUUGUUGCUUUUGUGAUUUAAUUAUUUGUCUUUCUAUCAUAA